AUGUCCUCAACUAUUCAUGCCGUCCAGAUUCCCAAGCACGGUGACAGCUCCGUUCUCGCUUACGUGCCCGUCCCCAAGCCUACUCCAAAACCUGACCAGGUCCUUGUCAAAGUAGCCUACGCUGGCGUCAACUUUAUCGACACCUACCAACGCUCCGGUCUCUACCCCCAGACCCUCCCCUUUAUCGUCGGACGCGAGGGCUCUGGUGAGAUUGUCGAGGUUGGACCUGAGGCCAAGGGCGACUUCAAGGUCGGGGACCGUGUGGCCUUUAUGGGACCAAGUUCCUAUGCCGAGUAUGAUGCCGUUUCGACUAUUUCUCUCGCCAAGCUGCCCGAUGCCAUUUCCCUUGAGCAGGGUGCAGCACUUUUGCUUCAGGGAUUGACUGCCUGGUCCUUGGUGCGUCAGGCCUACAGGGUGGAGAAGGGCGACUGGGUGCUGAUCCACGCCGCUGCCGGUGGAGUGGGUCUCCUUCUCUGCCAGAUGUGCAAGCUCCUCGGCGCCAAUGUCAUCGGCACAACUUCGUCAGAGGCAAAGGCCCAGCUCGCCAAGGCAAACGGAGCCGAUUACGUGGUUGACUACUCUAACGGAUAUGGCGAGUUGGUAGCAAAGGUCAACGAGCUCACUGGAAACAAGGGCGUCCACGUUGUCUUUGAUGGAGUCGGUGCUUCGACCUUUGAUGUCAGCUUGAAGGUUGUCCGCCGUCUUGGAACCGUCAUUUCAUUCGGAAACGCCAGCGGAGCUGUCCCACCUGUGAACAUUAUGCGGCUGGCAGAGAAGAACAUCCGUCUGAUGCGCACGACUCUUUUCCAGUACAUCACCACGCGCGAGGAGUUUGAUGCCCUGAGCUCUGAACUCUUGGGUUUGGUUGCCGAGGGCAAGCUCCAGUUUGCCAUUCACAAGGUUUACCCCAUCCAGGAUGUCAAACAGGCCCACGAUGAUCUCGAGGGCAGAAAGACUACCGGCAAGCUUGUCCUCAAGCUUUAA